CUAGUUAUAUUAAUUACAACUAUACCCUUUCUCCUUCUCCCGCGGCUUCAGUUCGCGCCAUUCUGUACGAAAAUCUGCACAAUUGCCCUAAUCUCUCUCACUCUUCGAUAAGCGGGUAUCGGCGACAAGUUCUUUAUCCCUCUCUCUCUCUGCAUUUGUUAACUGGUAAUCAUCUGUUAAUCUUCUGUUAAUUUCCUUUUAUAUGACCACAACCUAUUGCACCGCGUCCUGGAUUAAGAUGGAUUCUUCGAGGGAGGAUUGCUCCUCCGACACUCUUCGGUUUAUGGAACUUGCAAUUCAGCAGGCCAAGCUUGCACUGAACAGCCUAGAAGUGCCUGUAGGCUGUGUGAUUGUUGAAGAUGGGAUGGUUGUUGCCACUGGAAGAAAUCGCACUACUGAGACUCGAAAUGCUACCAGACACGCAGAGAUGGAAGCUAUUGACAUUCUGAUUGAGGCAUGGCAGAGGAAUGGACUUUCAACCUCAGAAGUUGCUGAAAAAUGCUCGAAGUGCAAACUUUAUGUUACCUGUGAACCUUGCAUUAUGUGUGUUUCUGCCCUAUCAAUACUUGGUAUAAAUGAAGUAUAUUAUGGUUGUGCAAAUGAUAAAUUUGGUGGAUGUGGAUCUAUAUUGUCACUUCACUUAGGUAGCCGUGAGGCACAUACAAGUGGUAAUUGGCAAGGAAGGGGAUUUAAAUGCACAGCAGGAAUAAUGGCAUCAGAAGCAGUUGCUCUUUUUCGAUGUUUUUAUGAACAGGGAAAUCCUAAUGCUCCAAAUCCUCACAGGCCCCUUGUUCACAAUCGGGCAGGUCAAUGACAGGCUGAAAUGAGGUUACUUUUGGUUUUGAUACCGUCUAGUCCAAAUCGACAUGAUCAAUGAUAAAAGCUUUUGAAAGCGGAAAAGGUGUAUGGAUGAAUCCAUUUUUAGUUCUUGUCUCAAACAAUAUCAGUUAGUGAGCUUGAAGAUGUCGAAUGCCGACCUCAACGUCAUUGCCAUACAUUUUGGGAUUAGGAUAUUUCUGCCUCUAACAUUUGAACUGCUAUCUGAACUACUAUUAUUUAUAUUGAUUCAAAUGUUCCCUCAGAUUGUAAUUAAACUCUUCACAUCUACUAUGACUUAAUUUUCAGGGUUAACCAAAAGCUCUCUAAUCAAAUGUCU